AUGAACCCAGAACUCCCAAUGCCUCCAUCAACCAACCCACCCCAAGCACAAAAAUUCUCUGUUCAAGUAGACUCAGAAAACAAAUCCACAGAAUUCAAAAUCCACUCAAUAGCCAAACCUCACAUGCUAGCGUUCCAUCUCUCAUGGUUCUCAUUCUUUGCAUGUUUCGUUUCAAGCUUUGCAGCAGCACCACUUGUUCCUAUAAUCCGUGACAACCUUAACCUCACAGCAACAGACAUAGGAAAUGCCGGUGUCGCUUCCGUUUCCGGUGCCGUUUUCGCAAGAAUCGCAAUGGGAACAGCUUGUGACUUAGUCGGCCCUCGUCUUGCUUCCGCUUCUCUCAUUCUCUUAACUUCACCAGCUGUUUACUUCACCUCCAUCAUUGAUUCUCCUACAAGUUUCCUUCUAGUCCGUUUCUUCACCGGCUUUUCUCUAGCCACGUUUGUUUCUACUCAGUUUUGGAUGAGUUCCAUGUUUUCCACCACCGUUGUUGGUAGAGCAAACGGUUUCUCAGGUGGUUGGGGUAACCUGGGUGGAGGCGCAACACAACUCAUCAUGCCACUCGUGUUUUCUCUCAUUCAAAACAUUGGUUCAACAAAAUUCACUGCAUGGAGAAUAGCUUUUUUCAUACCUGCUUUUUUACAAACCCUGACAGCGUUUUCGAUAUUAAUAUUCGGACAAGAUUUACCCGACGGAAACUUUCACGGCUUGAAAAAAUCAGGUGAGAAAGCAAAAGAUGAAUUCUCAAAAGUACUUUACCAUGGUGUAUUGAAUUAUAGAGGUUGGGUUUUAGCUUUGACUUAUGGAUAUUGUUUUGGAGUGGAGUUGACUGUGGACAAUAUCAUAGCUGAAUAUUUUUAUGAUAAAUUUAACCUUAAUCUUGGAACAGCUGGGAUAAUUGCUGCGAGUUUUGGUUUGGCUAAUGUUUUUUCUAGGCCUGGAGGAGGGCUUAUUUCUGAUUUGAUGGCAAAGAGAUUUGGAAUGAGGGGGAGGUUAUGGUGUUUGUGGAUUUGUCAAACGUUGGCUGGUGUUUUUUGUGUGCUUUUGGGACUUGUUGGAUCUUUGAAUCUUUCUGUUCUUGUUAUGAUUAUUUUCUCUGUUUUUGUUCAAGCUGCUUGUGGAAUGACGUUUGGGAUUGUUCCUUUUGUCUCAAGAAGGUCAUUAGGAGUAAUAUCAGGAAUGACAGGAGGAGGAGGAAACGUAGGUGCAGUUAUAACCCAACUAGUAUUCUUUAAAGGAUCAAGGUUUUCAAAAGAAAGAGGAAUAACACUAAUGGGUGCAAUGAUCAUAGUAUGCACUCUACCAUUAUUCUUAAUCUAUUUUCCACAAUGGGGUGGCAUGUUAUUUGGUCCAUCUUCAUCUAAAAAUGUCUCUGAAGAAGAUUAUUAUUUAUCUGAAUGGAACUCAAAGGAAAGAGAAAAAGGCUCUCAUCAUGGAAGCUUGAAAUUUGCUGAUAAUAGUAGAAGUGAAAGAGGUAGAAAAUUUAAUAUUUCAACUAGGCCUUCUGAAGAUGUCACGCCACCACAACAACAUGUUUGA